UACACUUUUGGAUUAAUCACAUCAAAAGACAAUUUCUUGUGGCAGAUCCUUCUAUUUCUUUCAUUGUUUUCUGAUGACUUGGUAAACAUCUUCUAUUUCUUGGAGUUUCUUUUAGCACGGACUCUAUCCCAAAACCGUUUCUCCAACUUCACUCGUCACCACUUUCCAUUUCACCACGGCAAUCUUCAUUAGUUCCUUACCACCAAUUCAGCACAGAAGCAGAAGAGCUAGAGAAGCUUCAUCAAGUUCUGGACUGAUUUGUGACCACGAAAUCAUUUGAAAUAAACUUGUUCUGCGUGCUACUCAUCAGUCUUCAUCACCACAAAGUUGAGGGGCAGGGAAGCUUCAUCCAGUACUGACUGCUAAGGCCGAUAUCAUUUGACGGUUUCUUUCUCUCGUUGGUUCCCUUGUGCAAGUUUCUUUCACUUUACCUCCGCCUGGAGAUAUGGCUGCUGCCUUAGUGGGAGGCUCACUCCUUUCCGCUUUCCUUCAAGUGCUAUUUGAUAGGAUGGCUAGACCAGAAUUCCUGAAUUUGUUUCGUAAUAGAAAGGCUGAUGAUGAUCUCCUCAAGAAGCUCAAGACGAGCUUACUGACUGUUGGAGCGGUGCUUGAUGAUGCAGAGAACAAGGAAAUACGGAACCAAUCGGUCAAGAAAUGGCUUGAAGAGCUUCAUGAUACAUUUUAUCAAGCAGAGGAUCUACUGGACAAAAUCAACACUGAAGCUCUGCGACUUAAGGUAGAAAGCGAGUACCAAAGCUCAACCAGCAGAUUAUGCCUUGAAAGGAUUCUGCCUUGUACAUCUUCAGGUAAUAGAUUCCUUAAGAGGAUUAUGCCUGAGAUUGAAACGAUAGUGGUGAGCCUGGAGGGAUGUAUACAACAAAUUACCCCCUUGGGUUUGCAAGUUGUUCAAUCCAGAAUACAAUCACAGCAACGAUUCGAAACACCUUUGGUUGAUGAGACUACUAUUUUUGGGAGAGAUGCUGAUAAAGAGAAGAUAAUUCAAAUGUUGCUUUCUGAGGAUGCAAAUAGAGACAAUAUCACUGUAGUUCCAAUAGUUGGAAUGGGUGGGCUUGGUAAGACCACUUUAGCUCGAAUGGUUUACAAAGAUUUGAGGGUGGAAGUGAGUUUUCCCACUAGGGCAUGGGUCUGUGUAUCAGAAGAAUAUGAUGCUACUAGGAUAACAAAGGAACUCCUAAGGGAACUCAAUAUUUCUUUUCAUGACGGCGAGAAAUUGUUUUCCCUUCAAGGAAAGCUACAAGAUGGCCUAACCGAUAAAAAGUUUCUUCUUGUUCUAGAUGAUGUUUGGAAUAGUAGCUACACUGAUUGGGAUUAUUUAAGGACCCCUUUCAAAGGUGGAUUACAAGGAAGUAAGAUCAUUGUUACAACACGAGAUCUCCGUGUUGCAAGGACGAUGGGUAAAAAAGAAUCAAUUCACCAUUUGGAUUUGAUAUCAACUGAAGAUUGUUGGUCUCUAUUCCAAACACAUGCAUUUGAAAUCAGAAAUGACAAUCACAAUCCAGAACUUGAAGAAAUCGGAAAGAAAAUUGUGAAGAAGUGUGGAGGGUUGCCUUUGGCUGUAAAAACAAUUGCAGGUAUUUUGCGUUCCAAAACCACCAGUGAAGAGUGGGAAGAGAUUUCUACAAGUGAAGAGUGGACUCAAAUUGAUAAUCAAAAUGGACCUAUACCAGCCUUGAGAUUAAGCUACAUUCACCUUCCUUCCGGUCUUAAAAGGUGCUUUGCUUAUUGUGCUAUGUUCCACAAAGAUUACCAGUUUAGAAAAGAGGAAAUAAUUCAGUUAUGGCAAGCUAAUGAUCUUUUAGAGUACUUUGAAGAAAAUAAAACAAUUGAAAACAAGGGUGAGAAGUGCUUUAAUGAUCUGAGAAUGAGAUUAUUGUUUCAGCAGUCAACUGAAAAUCUUUUUACCAUGCAUGACCUUGUCAAUGAUUUGGCUAGGUUUGUUUUCGGAAAAUAUUGUCUUAGGUUGGAAGAUCAUCAGGAGGAAGAUGCUACAAUAUCUAGAGUAAGAAACUUUUCAUACCAUCCUAGUUACUAUGACACAUUUCAUACAUUUUAUCUCUUGAGGGAUUCCAAGAAUCUAAGAACAUUUUUACCAUUGAGAAGGGGUCAAUUUUCUGAUAUUAGUUGUAAACUAAGCAACAAAUUCUUGGAGGAUACCUUGCCCGAGUUCAUUUCUUUGAGGGUUCUAUCUUUGCCCAAUUAUGAUAACAUCGUUAAGUUACCAGACUCAUAUAUUCGUUUGAAACAACUUCGGUUUCUGGAUCUUUCUUCUACAAACAUAGAAAAGCUACAGGAUUGGAUAUGUACCUUGUAUAAUCUUCAAACCCUAUUGUUGUCAAACUGCAACAAACUUAAAGAGUUGCCAGCAAAUCUUGCAAAGUUAAUUAACUUGUGUUACCUGGAUAUUAGUGGAAUUCAGUUGAAGAAAAUGGCACCACAAAUGGGCAGACUGAGAAAACUUCAAGUCCUGACUACUUUCAUAGUGGGCAAGGAUAGUGAUUCGACGAUUGAGGAGUUGGGCAAACUUCCUAUGCUUCGUGGCAGGCUGUUGAUUUCUGGGCUGGAAAAUGUUUCUAGUGGUAGGGAUGCAUCUAUGGCGAACAUAAAGGGCAAGAAACACCUUGAAGAGUUAAUUCUCAAGUGGAAUGAAGAUAAUUAUUUACAAGCUGUAGAAGAUGUACUUGAUAAUUUACAACCUGAUUCAAGGAUAAAGCGUCUUAAUAUCACAAGAUAUUGCGGGGCAACAUUUCCAAAUUGGCUGGGCAGCCCUACAUUAAGCCAUUUGGAAUCCUUGAGCCUGUCUGGUUGUGAAUAUUGUUUUUUUUUGCCUGCACUUGGGCAGCUAAAGUCCUUGCAAUCACUUGAAAUUGUUCAAAUGAGCUGCAUAUUAGCCUUGACCGAAGAGUUCUAUGGAGAUAUCAGUGCAACUAGACCAUUCCCAUCUCUCAAGAAGUUGAGAAUUGAGAAGAUGCCAGAGUGGGAGAAGUGGCACAUACCACAAUGUGACGUUUUCUGUAGCCUGGAAGAGCUGUGUAUAAUUGAUUGUCCCAAGCUAAUCGGAGAGUUUCCCAAACAAUUGUCAUCACUGAGAAGACUCGAGAUAUCUGGAUGUGACAAACUCGUGAUUCAGAAUGGUCGAUUGAAUAUCUUCAAAGGAGACAUUCAACUGUCAUCCCUUCAUGAAUUGAAGAUUUCACAUCUGAAGGAUUUGAAAUUGUUGUCCCCAGAACUCUGCAAGUUAACCAGUCUUGAGGAGUUGGAAAUACAGGAUUGUGGGUCUCUUUUACCCUUUCCGGUGAAUUACCUACCUGCCUCACUUAAAUCGCUUGAAUGUUAUAGAUGUGACAAAUUUGACUUAAAGAGUCAAAGCUGGCAGGGUAGGAACCUGGAGCUUUUGACAUUACAUCAUUGUCAAUCUCUCAAAGUCGUCUUGCUUGGCUCAUUUCCUAUGCUGAAACGUCUUUCCAUUAACCACUGCAAGGGUAUUGAGAUGCUCUUAGUUCCUCCAUGCGGGAUUGGGGAUCAAAGCAGUCUGACUUCACUGCAAUCCUUAAUGCCUUUUCCAGAGGGAGGAUUGCCAGCCCCCAACGUCACGGGAAUUAGUCUCUCGUUUUGCGAGAAGCUCAAGGCACUGCCGGAACGGAUGGAAUCCCUCCUCCCAUCUCUUCUACAUCUGAAUUUGUUCAGUUGCCCGGAACUUGAGUGCUUCCCAAAAGGGGGUUUGCCGUCCAGCUUACAAUCUCUCGACAUCUCCAAUUGCAAAAAGGUCAUGAGCUGCCGACGAGAGUGGGGUUUGGAGAAACUCCCUUCUCUCAUAAAUUUGAGCAUCGGUGGUACUGAUGAAAUAGAGCUAUUUCCAGAGAAAGACUGGCUGUUGCCUUCUAAUCUCAAAACUCUCUUAUUGAUGGACCAUAAGAAUCUGAAAAUGCUAAACUAUUCUGGUCUACGACAUCUCACCUCUCUUCAACUGCUAUAUAUCAGAAACUGCACUCGACUUCAGUCCCUACCAGAAGAGGGACUGCCUGCCUUUCUUACCAAUCUGGAAAUUAGGGCGUGUCCACUGCUGAAACCAAGGUUAGAAUGGGAGAAAGGUCAAGAUUGGCCCAAAGUUGCGCACAUCUCUUGUGUAAUAGUUGAUUUGAAGCUAGUUCCUUGAUGGUAACGCCUGUUACUGCUCAGGGCUUGCCUCCCAAAGUUACAAAUCCUCAAUUAUCAUCCAUUUAAAUAAUUUAAGGAGAAGAAUUGCUGUCUCCCUGUCCGGGGACACAUUUCAUAAUUUCUCUUGGCUUCAGCCAUUGCCAGGAAUGGGGCUAGCUACCUCUUUCUAUAUGGCCAAAAUCAAAAUCUGCCGUUGCUGAUACUAAUUUAGAAAGAGGGAAGAAGAUGAUUGGUACAAGUUAGCUACAUUUCCUUGAUUUCAAUGAUGAACUCAGAGUGUGAUCAGUUGUGCACUCUCAAUUUGUUUGAAGGCUUGAGCUUGCUGCACAUAUGGCCUUGGUAGCUUUCACAACACGAGUAGAGAUGAAAGCAUCAAUUUUAUUGGGAAUAUAAUAGACAGAGCUGUUCAAUAAAAAGAAAUAUGUACGAGGAAAAAUUGGAUAUUAUCUGUUGUUGGUUCUGUGCGUUUUGUUCCUUCGACAAAUUAGCAUCACCUUUUUAGCUAAGCUGGUGUUUGAGCUUGCUGCACAUUUGGUCUUGGUGUCUUUUCCAGAAUGAGGCUCAGAAAAAGAAGAUAAAAGCAUUACAAUUUCAUGCAAAUAUCAGUAGAAACUACUUGUCUAUAUUUAUGAUGAUCAAAUGUACAUUCUGUAUGUAUGGAUUAGAUGAACAAUAUGCUGGCCUAUGGUUAUGUUUUUCCG